CAACUCCUAUCAUUAAUUAAUUAACCCAAAAUGACAACAAAACAAUCUCUCUUAGUCCUACCCAUCUCACUAACCCUACUACUUUCCCUCUUGCACUCCACCACAGUACUAGCAGCCCCAUCUCCGGCCACCGCACCGGCUCACUCCGCCGCCCCAACAAAACCCUUGGUCCCCACACAACCCCAUCCAUCCCCCGACAACACUCCCGACAUAGAGAGAAUCCUUAAACAAGCGAACACGUUCGACAUGUUCCUCCGCCUCAUGAAAAGCACACAACUAAUCAACCAACUAAACUCCCAACUCAUAACCAUCAAGUCUGGCGGCUUAACCCUCCUCGCACCCGACGACGGCGCCUUCUCGGAACUCCCACCGGGCUUCCUCAACACCCUCUCCGACGCCAAGAAACUCGAACUCCUUCAGUUCCACGUGCUCCCCGACUUCGUCUCCGCCUCCAACUUCGACACGCUCACCAACCCCGUCAGAACCCUCGCCGGGAACAAGCCCGGGAAAGUGGAACUCAACGUCGUCAGUUACGGGGGCGUCGUCAACGUCUCCACCGGACCAGUUAACACCAGCAUCAAUGGGGUCGUAUACACGGAUAAGCAUCUUGCCAUCUAUAAGGUGGGAAAGGUGCUUCUUCCUCAACACUUUUUCCCUACCAAGAAGAUGAUACCUGCAACGCCGGCACCGGCGCCGUCGAUCGAAGCGGCGAAGGCGCCUACGUCUGAUAAGGAGAAGCCGUUGCAGUCGGAGGAUUCCUCGGAGUCGUCGCAGGUUGUUCCUGUUCAGACCUCAGGCGCUGUGAGAUUCAGCGUGUCGUCGCUUGUUCUUGGAGUUGUCUUUGUGGGAGUCAUAAACUUAAUUGUAUAGGACGAUUGAUGUGUCUGAAUAUAUAUACCAAUGAAUUCAACGUUAACUAACUAUUGUGCUAUGUUGAAAGUCCGGUGUUGUGUUAUCAUGGGGUAUGGAUUGUUAGAGCAUUCCGCAUUAAUUGUAUCCGUUCUUUGGACCUCUUUAUGAUCAAUUUAUUA